AUGCUGGCAUUAUGCCGCGUCAGCAAAGCCUUCAACCUCAUGACAAUGGAAGCCAUUCUCGAGUCUGACAUGCUGGAUGAUGUUGGAUACUGGGACCCUGUGCGUAAACAAACCAUAUUCUACCACACGGUAGAUGAUGAUCACCGUUCAUCGUAUCCACCUCUUCUAGAGAACGUAUCCGACGACGGCGACACCAACUCUGAGCCUGAGACGCCAGAUCUGGAUAGGCCAGUGUCUCCAUCACUUGCAGAAGGCAAUCAAGAGAAAUCUGAAGACGAUACGCUCUCUGGGGAAGCGGUAAUCACCUCCAGCUCAUCAGUGGUCCCUAGCGACGAUUUCUGGGUCAUGUUCCUGACAGCCAGGACAUUGGGCAGAAUCAGGACAAAACCGCCAACCCAAGAUCAUGUUCUGUUGUUAAAAGUCUCAGAAUAUCUCUAUCAACACAUACAGCAAACAUCCUCGCAGAUAGAGUUGGAGGAUACCGUACGCAUCGUUUGUGAAGUAGCGGUCAAGCACGGAUACAUCUACUCUCAUCCUGAUUUCUACAUCAAGACAGGGUCGUCAGCAUUCGAUGCGACAGCACUUCAGUUGGAUGAAUCUUGUGCAGUUUUUCGGGACGCUCUAGCAGCAAUGGCUGUACAUCUGAGCGAUAACACUCUUCUCGAAAAUACACUUUCUAAUAAGGAUCAGAUCCUCUGUCCCUCCCACCUCAAGGCGCUGUCAACGGCAGAUGAACAACUUACAGCAUUAUCAUCGUUCCAGACACCCAUUCCUCAAGCUGGCCGCAUAUUAGACGAUGAACUUGGCCUCUUGCCACCAAAAUGUGGAAAGUCUCUCAUCAGGCUUGCGAACCCAGUCAAGCUUGCUGUUCAGUUGAACAAGAUAGAAUACAUCCACCUCUUAUUGAAGAGUGUUUCCACCAGAGAACGCGAACUUGAUGUGUAUAGGACGGACAUAGUCACUGAAGUCAUUCUUCCGGAUCAGAUCGAGUUUCUGCGCGUCGCGAUUGAGUCGGGUUGGCCUCUCACGAGAUACCGACUUCUAGCACCAUCGAUUGCGGAUAUGAUAUGGAUGAACGGACGAACUGACCUUUCUUCAAGAUCGCCUGCUGGUAUCAGAUUGAGCAAAAUCCUAGAGACAACGAUUGAUCUUGACGUUUUCAAUUUGGUUUAUGAUGCUAUAUUGGAAGGUUAUAAUGACAAUGAAGGGGUCUGGUGGACCAAAGGAUUGUCCUUUGCGGCAGACACACUGGCGUUUUGGGGCCUGAGAAGGCUUCAACGCGCUGUGUUGGACGAUUGUCUGCCCAUUGUCCGAAGACUCAUAGAACUGGGCUAUUCAUUAGGUCCAACGAGAACUAUUGAGGAUUUGGAGGGUGAAGAGCAAAAUGUCGUUGCCGAGAUAAUUAAUGGCGAAAGGACGGUAGAUGUAGCUCUGCCGGUUGCUGCCGGAAGAGGGAACUUGGAGAUGGUGAGACUCUUAGUCAUGGCUGGAGCGCAUAGGAAACGCAAGAAUGUUCGGAAAGCGAUGAGAAUUGCCUUGGAACAGGGUAACCAUGAGAUGCUUGAGGUUUUGGCAAGUCAGGGAUCCCCGGCGGGAUUAUUGAACCGAAAGGCAAAGCAACGCUGGAAGAAAGACUCGGAAAGUUCGGGGAGACAGAAUAUGCUGAAAUGGAUAGAAAUGAUGUGA